UGGUAUAUACCGCAAGACCUCUGUUUGUUUUUAUGUUCUCUACAUUUUGUCAAGUAUAUGAACUAAAACUGAACUAUAUUUUCCCUGUGUGGCGGUUUCAUCCCAAUCUGGUGCUUCCAGUUACCGGCGCACGCACUGAUCAGGUGGAGAGAGUGUUAAAAUCACAUUUUCAAGAGGCGCAGAAACUGAAGAAGGAGCUUGAACUAUUGAUUGUUAUUCUUCCAGAUAUAAUGGCUCGCUAUAUGUUAUGUAACCAUUUGCAAUAUUUUGAUUCUAAUAUUUUUUAUGGUCCAGUGCUUUUAUUGAAUGUUUGUGUUGUCUGUCCAUGGUUUUGCUUGCAGUCACACUUCUGUGUAAUGGUAUAUGUCUCACUAAUCGCUGUUUUUGAAUAUUCAUGAAGGCGGUCUAAGGAGAAUUUGUGAGACCGGCCUUGGAAUAGUUUCACAGUGUUGCUUGACAAAACAAGUCUUCAAGAUGAGCACGCAAUAUCUAGCGAAUGUGGCUUUAAAGAUUAACGUCAAAGUUGGGGGAAUAAAUACAGUUCUUGUUGAUGCUUUAUCGAGGCGUAUUCCACUUGUCAGUGACCGCCCUACAAUUAUUUUUGGUGCCAAUGUCACCCAUCCUCAUCCUGGAAAAGAUUCCCGCCCCUCGACUGCAGCAGUGGUUGCUUCACAAGAUUAAUUGGCCAGUGAUAACAAAGUAUGCUGAAUUGGUUUGUGCUCAAGCCCAUAGACAAGAGCUAUCCAGGAUCUGUACAAGAGCUGGCAGGAUCCAAAUAGAUAAACUGUAUCAGGGGGAAUGAUCAAGGAUGGUGUUAGUGAGGGGGCAGUUCUAUCAAGUUCUUCUGUAUGAACUUGAUGCAAUUCGCAAGGCUUGCACUUCAUUAGAGCCAAAUUAUCAGCCUCCGGUUACAUUUGUUGUGGUUCAGAAACGCCAUCAUACUAGGUUGUUUGCCAACAAUAAUCGCGACCAUAAUUUAGUUGAUAGGAGUGGAAAUAUUUUGCCUGGGACUGUUGUGGAUUCCAAAAUCUGUCACCCCACCGAGUUUGAUUUCUAUCUUUACGGCCAUGCUGGCAUCCAAGGAACUAGCCGUCCAACACAUUAUCAUGUUCUUUGGGAUGAGAACAAGUUCUCGGCAGAUGGAUUACAGUCCCUCACUAACAAUCUAUGUUACACUUAGGCCAAGUGCACAAGAUUUGUUUUAAUAGUUCUCCAGCAUAUUAUGCUCACUUGGCAGCAUUUCAAGCUCGCUUCUAUAUAGAACCUGAAACAUCUGAUAGUGACUAGUGAGUCAAUGGCAAGUGGUGCUGUUGGUGGUCGUGGAUGAUUUGGUUCCGGUUGUUUAUCUUUUGGCGAAUUGGAUCGCACCUGCUCAUGAAGGGUUGGAGCUUGGAACUGGGAAUGCGAGUGUUAUUAAAGUGCUGGAUGAAACUUGUGGAUGCAAUGAAGCUCAGAUUAGGAAGCAGUACAAAGUAAUGAGAGAAAGUCACUAAGGUCUUUAACACAUUUCAGCUCAUUGCCAAGGAGAUCCAGUCUGACUUUUGCUAUUUGAUUUAUUAUUGAGCUAUUUUGACAUUGCAGUGAUUAUUACAUAGAAGAAGCAAUUUGGAAAUGGUUGAAAUAGAUUAUCAUAAUAACAUUCUCAUUCAAACAAAUAUUGCUUAAUGACAAUUUAUUAUCAUCAUGUGUAACCACUAUUCAAUCUUGUUAUAUAACA